GUCCUGCUGCUGCCAGGAGGAGAAUCUCUUUUUCUUCUCUUUUAUCUCCGCGUGGUAAAUGAUGCUGCGCGCUGAUUGGCUGCUGGCCGCUGACUUGUGCUACAUCCUGCAGGGCGACUCUCACAGACCGGGCUUAGUGCUCAGUCAGCGCUCCUCCCGGUGAUCCCCGACACCGCUACCUGCCCCUCCGCCUCACACACACUCAAAACACACACACAUGCACCCAUGAGUGCGCUCUGCGUCUUUGCGCACCACCGGCUGCUGCAACCUGCAGACUUCACCUGAAGGAGAAAAGCGGGGACCAGAACCUCCAGACAAUGCGUGCACGCUGCAUUAUGCGCUAUCGCAGGUUAUUAGGACUUUUACGCUCUUUGCGGAGGUAACGGGGGAGGUAUAGCUUGCAUGCCGUCACCAUGGAUUGCCUCUUUCUCUUGAUAUGGACUUUACCCAUCCCGCUGGUCGGCUGCACAUCACUCAAGCUCCUGUCCACACUCUUAUCCUGGAAUAUAAUCAAGACGCUGCACGUUUACUGCACACACACCUCCCACACCGUCUCAGCCAGCUAUUCUUCUUCCAGCGACAGCCACGGAUUAAAUCACGAUUACGUGUUUGUGACCCCGGUGGAGGUGGACUCAGAUGGAGGGUACCUGACCCACGAUGUCAGCAGGCAGAGUCAUCGCAGCAGGAGAUCCCUCUCAUCUUCUUCCCUACAUUACCGGCUCUCCGCCUUCGGGCAGGAUAUGCACCUGGACCUGCAUCCAUCCUCUGUGGUCGGCCCAGGGUUCACGGUGCAGACGCUCGGCUCAGAUGGCAUUGCCACGGUGAUGGAUGAUACAGAGUUUCACAACUGUCUGUAUCAGGGAUUUAUCCGUAACCUGUCGGCCUCCUCAGCAGCCAUAUCAACGUGCUCUGGACUGUCAGGUUUGAUCCGAGUGUCUCAGGAGGAGUAUUUGAUUGCACCGCUACCCCAACACCUGGCAGACCUACACAACUACAGCGCCCCCGAUGGUCACCAGCCACACGUCGUCUACAAACGCUCAGCUGAACACAUUGUGCACAGAAGAUCGAGCGAUCCAUCGAGUACCAGUUCUUCCAACCUUGACAAACCUUACUUUGAACAGCAUCAUCACCAACAGCAUCAUAACCAUGACGACCAGCAUGGAAAGCUGCAGAGGCAACACUUUUGCGGACGCCGCAAGCAAUACGCGCCCAAGCCUCCCGCUGGGGAUCAUUUUGUCAUGCCUGAUGAGUUUGAGACACCUGAAGCAGAAGGUCCAGGAAGGGCAAAGAGAUCACCCAUAAACUCCAACAGGGUGGGGGGCCUAAAUGUGGAAACCCUGGUGGUAGCAGACAGGAAGAUGCUGGAGAAACACGGCAGGGACAACGUCACCACCUACGUCCUCACAGUCAUGAAUAUGGUUUCCAGCCUUUUCAAAGAUGGCACCAUUGGGACGGACAUCAACAUCGUGGUUGUUAGCUUGUUGCUUCUGGAACAGGACCCACUGGGCCUGAACAUCAAUCACCACGCUGACCAGUCCCUCAACAGCUUCUGUCAGUGGCAGUCAGGUCUGGUGGGGAAAGGUGGUAAACGUCAUGACCAUGCUGUUCUCCUCACGGGACUGGACAUCUGUUCCUGGAAGAAUGAGCCCUGUGACACCCUGGGUUUUGCUCCCAUCAGUGGAAUGUGCAGCAAGUACAGGAGUUGUACCAUCAAUGAGGACACAGGACUGGGCUUGGCUUUCACCAUCGCUCACGAGUCUGGACACAAUUUUGGGAUGAUCCAUGAUGGCGAGGGGAACCCAUGUCGCAAGACCGAAGGCAACAUCAUGUCCCCCACUCUGGCUGGAAACAACGGGGUCUUCUUCUGGUCCACCUGCAGCAGACAGUAUCUGAGCCGCUUCCUUGGAACAGCCCAGGCAUCCUGUCUGGUGGACGAGCCUAAGCAGAUCGGUCAGUACAAGUACCCUGAGCAGCUCCCCGGACAGCUCUAUGACGCAGACACGCAGUGCAAGUGGCAGUUUGGCUCUAAGGCUAAACUGUGCGGUCUUGAUUUUGUCAAGGACAUCUGCAAGUCGCUGUGGUGUCAUCGCACAGGGCACCGGUGUGAGACUAAGUUCAUGCCGGCUGCAGAAGGCACCAGCUGUGGUCCUGACAUGUGGUGUCGAAGGGGUCAGUGUGUUAAAUAUGGGGAGCAUGGUCCUCGGGCGGUCCAUGGCCAGUGGUCAUCGUGGUCUCAGUGGUCCGACUGCUCCAGAACCUGUGGGGGAGGCGUCAUGUACAGAGAGCGCUCCUGCAGCAGCCCAAGGCCGCAGAACAAUGGCAAAUUCUGCUCUGGCUCCAGCCGUCUCAACCAGCUGUGCAACACUCGCCCGUGCCCUCUGAACGCAGUGGACUUCAGGGCCCAGCAGUGUGCUGAGUACAACAGCAAGCCCUUCAGAGGCUGGUACUACAAGUGGAAGCCUUACACUAAAGUGGAUGAUGAGGACAUCUGUAAGUUGUACUGCAUUGCAGAAGACUUUGACUUCUUCUUCGCCAUGUCCAGCAAAGUCAAAGAUGGCACCUCCUGUUCGGACCACAAAGGAGACGUCUGCAUUGAUGGAGUCUGUGAGGCAGUAGGCUGUGACCAGAUGCUGGGCUCUAAGGCCUCUCUGGAUGCCUGUGGAGUCUGUAAGGGAGACAACUCCACUUGCAAGUUCUUCAAGGGCCAGUAUGGCCUUCAGCACAGGGCUAAUGAGUAUUACUCCAUGGUGACAGUCCCGGCUGGAGCACGAAGCAUUCACAUUCAGGAAAUGGAAGUCUCAACCAGCUACCUGGCUGUCCGCUCCCUGAAGAGGAAGUACUACCUGACCGGGGACUGGACCGUGGACUGGCCGGGGAAGUUCCACUUUGGCGGGACUGUGUUUGACUAUCAGCGCUCCUUCAACAAGCCAGAGAGCCUGUACGCCGCUGGACCUACUAAUGAGACGCUGGUGUUUGAAAUCCUUCUGCAGGGGAAGAACCCGGGUGUGGUCUGGGAGUACACGCUGCCUCGUACUGAGAGGAAACCUGACUACAGCUGGGGUGUGGUUCGCUCUGACUGCUCUGCUCCCUGUGCUGGAGGUCGUAUCUCCACCAAGGCUAUCUGUCUGCAGGACCAGAAGGUUCAGGUCAACUCCACCAUGUGUAAUCCUCACACCAGACCCACACUGGGCUCCCAUCUGUGCAACACACAGCCCUGCCCUGCAUACUGGGCGACAGGAGAGUGGGGUUCCUGCAGCCGCUCGUGUGGGGGAGGUCAGCAAACCAGGACUUUGCGCUGCCUGAGGAAGGUGACCUAUCAGAGAGAAGAAGUGGUGGCACACUCCCUCUGUCCUGUCAUCUCUCCAGCCCAGGUCCAACCCUGCCACACCCAGGCCUGCCCGCCCGAGUGGAGCACUGGAUCCUGGUCACAGUGCUCUAAGAGCUGCGGUCGUGGACUCAGGAAGCGAAGCGUGUUUUGCCGCAGCACUGACCCAGGAGCCAAAGCGGUGGUGGUGCCUGACAGCAUGUGCAGACAGCAUCACAAGCCCAAAGCCCAAGAGACGUGUGUCCUGCGGCGCUGCCCCAAGAAUGAAAGGUUACAGUGGAUCCCCACUCCUUGGGGAGAGUGCUCCAGGUCUUGUGGUUCAGGCGUCCAGAAAAGAGAGCUUCGCUGCGGGGAGAGAGACUCACAGGGAGGGCUUGUAGAGUUCCCCACACGGAGGUGCAGGAAUAUGGCCAAACCUUUGGUGGAUCUCCAGCAGGGCUGUAACAGAGGUCCAUGCCCACAGCCCCCCCGGGUCGUUCCUGCCAGAACCCCCUCCACUGCUGUGGUCUUAGGCUGGUACUCCUCUCCUUGGCAACAGUGCUCUGUGUCCUGUGGUGGAGGAGUGCAGACCCGGACCAUUCAAUGUCUGCGGCAAGGUCGCCCUGCAGCUGGCUGCCUGCCACAUCAGAGGCCUGUCACAUCCAGGGCGUGCAACACACACUUCUGUCCCCUCGCUGCUCCCCCUCCUCCGCCACCACGCCCUGGACGGGUCACAGCUGCCGGACCUACACUGAAAGCAGAUGAGCAUUGUGUGGACCAUUUCAGCUGGUGCCACUUGGUCCCCCAGCACGGCGUCUGUAGCCACAAGUUCUAUGGACAGCAGUGCUGCAAGUCGUGCUCCAGCAAGAGGCCGUAAAGGUCCAAUACCUCUGAGUCUGUGGCUUCAGACCUCAAGGAGUCAACAUGAAAGAGACCAUUUGAGGAUGAUAACUGAAAACAAACACAGAACUGUGCUCAACACAUGUGGGUUUUCCUCCUGGAGUACUUGACUAAUGAACUCUGAAAAGAAGUAAAAGAGCAAAAUCCUUGGACUCCUUUUGUUUAAGAAGACGAUGUGGCUAAUGGCGCUCCUCUGCCAAAGUGGCCGUGUGUCACAUUUCAAACUGGAAAGAACUGCAAAGAACAGAGCAUCUGAAGACGUACUGAUGUAAUAUAUAUGUUGUCCUUCUGUUGCGUGUUUUCCUUUUGAAACCUCUAAAGCUACAAGCCAUCAAGAGACCAGGAAAAGGACAAUAGCAUUUUUAGCUUGCUUUCUCGUUGUAUUUUAAAGGCGUCUGGUUUCAUACUCCUUUAUUUAAGUUAUUAUGGUGCGUAAUAUAUGGUUUUACAUUUUGUCAGGUGUACAGUGGAUCUGUGACAUACGUAUCUAUGUUUGGAUGUACUAUCGGAUUACCAGUCACCUUUGGAUCCUUGUUAUGAGAUUUAAUAUGAGGUAAUAAUUCAAAUGUUCAGAUUUCUGCACUUUUCCUUCAAAUAACUCUCCGCCUGUUUUGUUUACUGCUGCUGAUUCAUACCUGGAAAUGUUUUUCAUGUGCAUUCCUUUCAUGUUAACGCUUUGAAACAUGCCUAUCUGUGUAUGUACAACAUUUAAUGCAGUCACGUUGUAAGUGGUCCUUUUUAUCUCUCCUGUAUGGUUAUGGAAAUACAACAUGAUCAUCUAUCUGUC